AUGGCGCACAAAUACUGCGAGCUAAACGGCACGUGGUUCCGGCAUCCUGAAUCUAAUCAAAUAUGGAGCAACUACACUACUUGCGUGAAUCUACAGGAUCUGAGCUGGCAGCAAAGUAUAAAUGGAAUCUACGAGGUGGGAUACGCGAUAUCCUUGGUGGCGCUACUGCUUUCCUUAGGAAUUCUCACGUACUUCCGAUCUCUCAGAUGCGCACGGAUUACGCUGCAUAUGAAUCUAUUCACCUCCUUCGCGUUCAACAAUGCUUUGUGGCUGAUCUGGUACAGGUUCAUAGUAGGAAACACGGAUGUAGUGCUUAAUAAUGGCAUGCUAUGUCGCGUACUGCACGUAGUCCUUCAUUACUUUCUAUUAACGAACUACGCUUGGAUGCUCUGCGAAGGCUUCUACCUGCACACGUUGCUAGUGAGCGCAUUCACUAGCGAGCAUAAAUUAGUGAAUUGGCUGAUGGGACUCGGGUGGCCGGUGCCAGCUGUAAUCGUCACCCUGUACACGGCGUUACGUGCAUCGAGCGACGACCUCCAAGACACCGAGCAGUGCUGGAUGAAUGAGGGCAACUACAUGAACGCGCUGGUUUAUCCCGUAUGCGUUUCCACUCUGCUGAAUCUGCUCUUCCUAUUUAAUAUCGUGCGAGUCCUCCUCAUGAAGUUACGUGCCGGUCCCGCCAUUGGAACGCGCCCUUCACGAUCUAUGCUGCAAGCUUUCAGGGCCACGUUACUUUUAGUGCCUCUCCUAGGCCUUCACUAUUUGGUAAUUCCGUUCCGGCCGCCGAAGGAUCAUCCCUGGGAGCACUUUUACGAGGUCCUCUCCGCAAUCACAGCUUCUUUCCAGGGUCUCUGUGUGGCUGUGCUUUUCUGCUUUUGCAACGGCGAGGUAAUAGCGCAAUUCAAGAGAAAGUGGGAUGGCAGCGCCUUUUUGCGAAAACGAGCCAAUUCCUGCACGGCCACAACAGUCUCGGUAUGCAAUAUUGACGAAAAGUACAGGGUUCUUGCGAUUAAAUCGAUUUAAACGACGCCUAACGCUUACCACGUCUACGACACCCUUCGUCGAGAAAUAAGACUCGAGCCGAAGAACCAGGUGGAUUACGGAAAAGCGACGGGUUACCCGUUUCGUGGAAUUGAAUUUCUUAUCUCCGAAAUCGUGAAUUUAAUUCAGUGGCCUUUGAAAUCUUCCUGUUUCCCUCUUGUUAUCAGCAUACCUUGCCCGCAUUACUUUGCAUUCCCCGCAAAGCGAUUAGAUUAGUAAUCUCUUCAAUUCUUUCGGGGCGAUAAAAUAUAAUAUAUAACUACGUCAGAAUUUCUCUUGACAUUUAAUUGACGUUAAUGCUAACAAUCUGCCUAUUUAAGCACACGAUAUAAAUGAAAAAUGAAUACGAGACACGCGAAAAUGUUUGCUUUUUAUUUUGGUUUCAAGCAUCGUCGAAGGGGAUCGUAAAUUUCCGCGAGGUUUGCGCGACGCUGUUUUAAU